GCGGGCUAGGAGGCGGGGCUGGCUGUUGGAGGCAGGUUCGGGCCUUCAGCUCCGCGUCUCCAGGUGCUGCGCGCUGUCUGUCGCAGGCCACCUGCGCAGCGGUGCCUUCCCCGCCGGCGUGGAAGACCCUGUAUCUCCAGGUGCUAGGACUCGGGCCCAGGCCACAGCAAGGGACUGCGCGUCUUGCCGUUCCGAGUCCCUGGCCUGACACCCUGUUUGGGCGCCAAGAUUCCAAUCCCAUUCUCCUUCCCCACCAAGUCACUCCUGUAGGUGAGUCCAGUGACCUCAGGGCUUCCAAAAGAUUGGGACUGAGUCUCUUCUGAAUGUCUACUCAAAGGUGUCUGGAACUUGAGAUUUCCGAAGAGCUUCACUAAAGGACUCCAAAUCACCAGCCUCUGUGCAUUCUUCUCUGCAAAUCUAAAGAUUCCUUUCCCAUCUCCUCAAACUCACUACUCCUCAAGGUGUCAUGGUCUUCAAACCCAGGAGUGAAUGGAGCACUGUCCUGUCCCACCUGGUGCUGGCAGGGGUGUCUCUGCAUGCGGCGGUGAGCUCUGUACAGUGCACUAACGGUCACUUGAUGUGCGCUGGCUGUUUUAUCCACCUACUAGCAGAUGCCCGGCUGAAGGAGGAGCAGGCCACGUGUCCCAACUGUCGCUGUGAGAUCAGUAAGAGCCUCUGCUGCCGGAACCUGGCUGUGGAGAAAGCUGUGAGCGAGCUGCCUUCAGAGUGUGGCUUCUGUCUGCGUCAGUUCCCUCGCUCCCUUCUAGAGAGGCACCAGAAAGAGGAAUGCCAGGACAGGGUGACACAGUGCAAGUACAAGCGUAUUGGCUGCCCCUGGCAUGGCCCUUUCCAUGAGCUGACAGUGCACGAAGCUGCAUGUGCCCACCCAACCAAGACAGGCAAUGAGCUGAUGGAGAUCCUGGAUGAGAUGGACCAGAGCCAUCGCAAGGAGAUGCAGCUCUACAACAGCAUCUUCAGCCUGCUCAGCUUUGAGAAGAUUGGGUACACAGAGGUUCAGUUCCGGCCUUAUCGCACUGAUGACUUCAUCACACGCCUGUACUAUGAAACACCACGGUUCACAGUACUGAACCAGACAUGGGUCCUGAAGGCUCGUGUGAAUGACUCGGAGCGCAACCCCAACCUGUCAUGCAAGCGCACACUUUCCUUCCAGCUACUCCUCAAGAGCAAAGUCACAGCGCCCCUGGAAUGCUCUUUUCUUCUGCUCAAGGGGCCGUACGAUGACGUGAGGAUCAGUCCUGUCAUCUACCACUUUGUCUUCACCAAUGAGAGCAAUGAGACAGACUAUGUGCCGCUGCCCAUCAUCGACUCUGUGGAGUGCAACAAGCUGCUGGCCGCCAAGAACAUUAACCUGCGGCUCUUCCUGUUCCAGAUACAGAAGUAGGAUGGGCCCCGGACACCUGAGGAGCAGAGGGCUGCAGUCCAGUAGUGCUGUCCCACCCAUCCCUGGCUUGGCAGCAGCUUCACACAACUAUCUGAUCGUUUUAGCAAAGGAGGAGAACAAACAAAAUCAAACACUAAGAAAGUCUGCAUGCGUGUGCAACGGGGUCCCUGCCUCUGGCUCAACUUCCUCCCCUUUGCCUCCCACCUCCUGCAGGCAGCCAGAGGCUGGGCUGACCACAGUGGAAACAGUACUCUGGGCUCCUCAGGUACAGGUGGCAAGGAGGGCAAGAAGCCGACCGCCCUUACCCCAGCUCCCAUCCUCACAUCGAGGUGGCACGGUGGUUCCCUGGCCGGGCUCAGGGUCCCUGGCUGACUUCAGACAGCAUAUUUGAUUGCAAUUAAAAAGGCAGCCUUGUUUCCUACUUUCUGUUUUGUUGGAGGGGAAGGCGUGGCCGUGAUUGGACUUCAUGAGAGAUUUGGUUUGGCCUGGUGGUCAGAACCUGCCCUGCCCCUGACACUGCACCUAUGUGUGCAUCCCAGGAGAGACUUCAGAGACACCUCCCCUGACAGUCUUAUCAGAGGGGUUGGGACUGAGACCUGGCCAGUGAGCCAGAGAGGGUUGGACUCCCCGAGCCAUUGACCACUCAAAGGAAGCAGGACUUGGCUAGUAGGGCUCAGCAAAUGUUUUCGGAAUGCAGGGUGAAAUUCUGUCUCUUCCAGGAAAAAAUUAAGCUACAGGCUCUUUAAGUGAUGCAAUUUUAGUGAGAAAGAAUCAAUUUGCUUUACUCAGUAGAGAGGGCCAGGUGUCCUCAGGUUGCCAAGGAGGCAGCCACUGUCUGUGAGACCUGCAUUUAGUGGUGGUGGGGGCACCACAGGACCAAGGCAGAGCAGCGUGGUCUGUUGCCUCGGCAGCGUAGGCCUUUUCCUUGCUAGGCCAUUCACAGAUGCUCUGAGUAGUGGUUGUAAGCAGAGCAAGUAUUAGGGCCUCACAGAAUAUGGAGUAGCCAUGCUUGAUAGGGCUAGGCCCUGGUCCUUUCUUCAAUUCCUCAGAGAUACUGAGAAGUGUAGGACUUGCCUCCUUCAAUCUUUGCUUAGGAGAUGAGGCUUUUCUAUCAUAGCUUUUCGUUGCUUUAAUACCAAAGAACCGGUUUCCUCUGCCCUAACCAGACCUUCACAUGCCUCUUAGGUAGUUCCUAUCACCCCAUGCAAACUGCCUGGGCCUGGGCCUGGGCCUGAACUGCCCUGCGCCUUCCAGGCUAAGGGACAGGGUAGCCCUGGCCAUGUGGGUGCGAGUACUGAUGUUCCAACCUGACAUUCAAGAGGGCAAAGGGCUGAGCAAUGUGGAGAGACAAACUGUGACACAGAAUACAGGCCCCAUCUGUUUUCCUGAGCACAACCAGGAAUAGGCCAGUGUGGCCCUGCUGCCUUCUCAUAGGCUGAAAGUUUUUCAGCACCUUGUUUGGCUUCCUGUGUGGGGCUUGGAGUUCUCUUCUGCAAAUGUUGCCUGGCCAGGAGGGUUGGCAAGGCCCAUAUUUAGCUUCUGCCUACUACAAAGGACCCAUGCCAAACUCCAGCACAUCCAUGGGAGCCUUUGACUCAAAUACAGGUCCUAGAUCUCUGCCCUAGGGGCAGCUCUUCAAGCAUGUUCACCUGGCACAGAGGAUCUUUGGAAAAACAGAGGGUUCUCCUCUGAGCGUUCCUAUAGAUUGCAAAGUGUUGGUGGAAAAGGCAGGGCAGGGCCAGCUUGCCCUAAGAGUCCAUGUCUGGAUGUGUGAGAUGGACAAAAAGCAGCCUGAAGGUCUCCUGGGAAGAAACAGGAUAAGAGGCUUAUUCCCCAUGGGCACAAGCCAACUGGGACACAGUGGGCAUGAGGAGUAAAGCUGGGCCGGCAGGGGCUCAGAGGCAACAGAGCUUUGGGUAUUUGUGCAUGGAGCCGAGGCAUACCCCAAAGCACACAAACGGUUAGGGGUGGGGCAGUGCCCACCUAGGGUUGUAGUGUGUCUGAGAGUACCUAGGAGAACUGAUAAGGCCUCCCAAUGACAGGCUCAGCAUAGACCCUACGUUGUGACUGUCACGUGCAGCAGCUGAGCCUUCCAGCCUAAGAGGAACCAGACAUGCAGAAGACUAGUAUGUCUCUUGCCUGUGCUAGGGACUCCAUACAAACCUUUCAGCAUUGUCCCUCUGGGCCCUUUCUUUAGGGGGGAGGGGUACCAUAUUUACUGGCUUGUGCCCAGAAUCUUGUUACCUUACUGUCCUAACCUGGUUCUCUUAUCUGUUGUCUCUGAGGAUGGGAGAGGGGUUCAGCCUCAGUAGGUAUUGGGGAGGCUGCCAGAAGGGGUUGCAUAGGCCAAGCCAGGCCUCGCCCUCCUUCCACCUGUCUCAUCCCCGCUUCCUGUGAGCACCACAUCCUUCAGUUUGCCCAAAGUGAGACAUUUACAAAAUAAAAAUAAUUUUCUAAA